GGACAGCACACAGCCCGGGGGACAGCCCGAGGGACAGCCCGAGGGACAGCCACACAGCCCGAGGACAGCCGCAGCGCCGGGCCGGGGCCGCCUGUCCGUCCGUGGCCGGGCGAUGGUGCCGGCGCCCCGGAGCGCCCUGCUCGCCGCGCUGCUCGCCGCCGGGCUGGCCGCCGCGGGCAGCUCGAGAGCUCAUGGGCAGCUGGGGGCUGUGAGCCAGCCUGGGGUGUGUCGCUACGGUUCCAGGUUGGAUUGCUGUCCUGGCUGGAGAAAGAACAAGGGCCGCUGUGAAGCUACCUGUGGACAUGGCUGCAAGUAUGGCGAGUGCACGGGACCAAAUAAAUGCAAAUGUUUCCCUGGGUUUACAGGAAAAACCUGUAAUCAAGAUCUGAAUGAAUGUGGACUGAAGCCACGUCCCUGUGAGCACAGAUGUAUGAACACACAUGGCAGCUACAAGUGCUAUUGUCUCAACGGGUACAUGCUCAUGCCAGAUGGCACAUGUGCAAGUUCUAGGACGUGUGCCAUGGUGAAUUGCCAAUAUGGAUGUGAAGAGGUCAAAGGGCAGGUGCAGUGUCUCUGUCCAUCAGGUGGCCUUCAGCUGGGACCAAAUGGAAGGACAUGCAUUGAUAUUGAUGAAUGCUCCACUGGCAAAGCUGUCUGCUUGUACAACCGCAGAUGCGUCAACACGUUUGGAAGCUUCUACUGCAAGUGCCAGCUGGGUUAUGAACUAAAAUACACCAGUGGCUGCUACAACUGUGUAGAUGUAAAUGAAUGUGUGACAAAUACACACAGGUGCAACCUCCAUGCAGAGUGCCUCAACACCCAGGGAUCCUUCCAGUGCAAAUGUAAACAGGGCUACCGAGGAAGUGGAUUUGAUUGUGCUGUUAUCCCUGAAAAGUCAGUGAAGGAAAUUGCAAGAAGCCCUGGAACAUCUAAGGACACAAUUAAGAAACUUCUUGCCCAUAAAAGCAGUGUGAAAAAGCAUAAAACAAUCAAGAAUGCAAUCCCAGAAGCAGCUGUGACACCACCCUCUAAGACCCACUUGCAGUUGCUGGACUAUGAAGGUGGUGUUGAUCUUGGUGGGAGCUACAGUGAAGAAGAGGAAGGAACAGCAGCUGCUGCAGAGGAGGAGGCAGAAGACUCAGAUGAAGAGCAGAAGGAAGAUUUUGAAAAUCAAAUUGAUGAGCGAAGCCUUAGAGGGGAUGUCUUUUUUGAUUGCAGCUUCAGUCGAGGAGUGUGUGACUGGAAACAAGAUGCUGAUGAUGACUUUGACUGGAAUCCUGCUGAUCGAGAUAGAGGUGAUGGCUACUACAUGGCAGUUCCAGCUUUUGUGGGGCACAAGAAUGAUAUAGGGCGUCUAAAACUUCUCCUCACUGACCUCAAACCGAAGAGCAGCUACUGCUUGGUUUUCAGUUACCGGCUUGCUGGGGAGAAAGUGGGAAAGCUUCGAGUGUUCCUGGCAAACAAAAAAACUGCUCCUGUCUGGGAAGAGAGCAAAGGAAAAGAUGAAAAGUGGAGAACUGGAAAAAUAGAGAUAUUUCAGGGGGCUGAAACAACCAACAGUGUCACUUUUGAAUCAGAACGUGGGAAGGGUAAAAAUGGAGAAAUUGGAGUGGACAAUGUCAUACUAAUUUCUGGUCUAUGCCCAGAAGAUACCUGAUAAUGGACAUUUAUCAGAUUUAAUUUCAUUUUUCACAUUUGCCUUAUUAGUAGUGUAUUUUUGUAUUCUUUUCUUCAUUAAAAAAAACAAAACCAAAACAAACCUAUAAAAUUGUGCCUAUCUAACACAGCAAUGCAAACAGAAAAACUGAUGUGCAAGAUCCAGAUUGUACUUUUUUAUGAGUUCUUCUAAUUUUAAUACAUGCAUUGAAUGUAAUACUACUGUAUUUUAUAACUCAAAGUCAGGGUUUCUGAAAUAUUAUUUGUCUAGCUUUUUUACAAAUUCUACAUGCUUUUGUUUCUUAAAAAUCUUCUUUAGGCUCUUUGUUAGUCUUCUAUUUAAUUUCUUCUACUCCAUAAGAACAUAAAGCAGUCUUUAAGAGAAUGUUACUUCUGGUGACAUAAUUAACUUCUUUGUGGGUAUAUUGUUCCAAAAAUCAGUAUUCAUCACCCUGUGUGCAGUAAGGCAAUCACACAGAGCCAAGGUGUUUGUUUAUUUAAAUAUUUGUGCAAAGAUGGGUGCUAGGUAAAUCCACAAAGCCAGCACACCAAGCAGAAAUUAUGACCACUAUUUAUAUGUUGUUCAUCUUGAUAUAUUCCACUUAUCUAGUAUAUAUUCAGUGCUUACUGCUCUACUAUUACUGAGUUGUGCUGAGCUGGCUUCUUAUCCUGGGCAGCCUGGUGGCCUUCAGUGUUUAUUAUUGUAUUAUUGCUGAGCUGUGCUGAGCUGGCUUUGUUCAUUUCUUUUUAUCUCGGACGUCCUGCAGUAGCACACCCUUCCUCCCAAAUUUUGUCACCCCUCUGGGUCUGUGAUCUUUGAAGCAUGUCAAGCCCUGUCAAACUUUAAUAAAGUAAUUCUAUUGACAAAUAAUUUAUCUUAGAGAUGAGGUAAAUAUUCAAUCUACUGAACAAGUAGGAAGAAAGUGAAGACCUUCAUUUCCUUUUCGAUGGAGCUAAGCAAGUUGUAAGUGGAUUCAUGUCUUUGAGGAAUAUUUUCAUUACCAAUAAAAUAUGCAAAAUAU